AUGGUGGCAAAUGACCCCUCGGCUUAUGGGCGAGAGAAACAUCAGCUGUUAAAGAGUGGUGAUGUCAUGGCUGCAGCUCAAACCACGGAGAAGUCCCAGAUUACCCUCACAGUGGUGUCGGCGAAGCCUCAGUCUCCGAAGCUUCCAAGUCGCCAGUCACGCCUCAGCACGUUUGUGGAGGUGACAGCAGAUGGCCUGAGCAGUGAGAGUAAGAAAACCAGCAAACGGAGUGGCCAUGUGGAGCUGCAGUGGAAUGAAGACCUGAUGCUGAACGUGACGCCUCAGAGCCACCUGGAUCUGAAGUUGUGGAGCUGUCACACGCUGAGGAAGGAGCUGCUUGGCAGUGCUACCAUUGACCUCAUGGACACUCUGCGCACCCACCAGGGAAAAAUGGAAAACAUCCAUCUGAGUUUAGCGUUGCAGUCAGAAACCAAAGGCACAGUGGUGAAUGGCGGUGAGCUCACAGUGUGUCUGGAUGGUCUGGUGGUGGAUCUGAGAGCCCUAUGCAGCAGCAACAGCAGCACUCCACCAGACAAGGGAACCGACAUUGGAGCCGACAUUGGAGCCGACAUUGGAGCAGACAGGGGAGCAGACAGGGGAGCAGACAGGGGAGCAGACAGGGGAGCAGACAGGGGAGCAGACAGGGGAGCAGACAGGGGAGCAGACAGGGGAGCAGACAGGGGAGCAGACAGGGGAGCAGACAGGGGAGCAGACAGGGGAGCAGACAGGGGAGCAGACAGGGGAGCAGACAGGGGAGCAGACAGGGGAGCAGACAGGGGAGCAGACAGGGGAGCAGACAGGGGAGCAGACAGGGGAGCAGACAGGGGAGCAGACAGGGGAGCCGACAGGGGAGCCGACAGCACCACUCAGAUUGAGCACAGUGUGGCCUCGCAAAGCAGGACUGAGCGUGUGUGUGCAGUGGUGUCCCAGCCCUGUCCAGUGGAAUCUGUGAUGACCGGAGAUCUACCUGAAGAGCCACUGCUCCCCCAGCUCAGCCAGUCCAAGAGCUGCAGCCCAGCAGGCAGCACAGAUAAAGUGGAGCUGACAUGUGACGUUGGAGACAGUGUUGUUGGGGCCCCUCCUCCGCCUCUGCAUGACCCCUCACUGCCCGGAGUCCCCCCUGAAGGCCCCCCAAGCAGCAACAGUGAGGCCAUGGUGGACAUGCUCCCAGCUGGCUGGGAGCAGAGAGUCCUACCACAUGGCAGAGUCUAUUAUGUGGACCACAACACAAAGACGACCACCUGGGAAAGACCUCUGCCCCUUGGCUGGGAGAAGCGAGUGGACCAAAGAGGCCGCUUCUAUUACGUAGACCACAACACGCGGACCACGACAUGGCAGAGGCCCACAGCUGAGUCUGUGAGAAGCUACCAGCAGUGGCAGAGUCAGCGCAGCCAGCUCCAGGGCGCUAUGCACCACUUCAGCCAACGCUUUCUAUAUCAGCCAUCCGGAGCGCCUGUGGAGAAUGACCCUCUCGGCCCGCUACCUCCAGGCUGGGAAAAGCGCCAGGACAAUGGCAGAAUGUACUUCGUUAAUCACAACACUCGCACUACGCAGUGGGACGACCCGCGCACCCAAGGGCUGGUGAAGGAGCAUCCUCUUCCUCCAGGAUGGGAGACGAAGUACACUCCUGAGGGAGUACGCUAUUUUGUGGACCACAACUCGCGCACCACCACAUUUAAAGACCCUCGGCCCGGGUUUGAGUCUGGAUCCCGGGAGAGCUGCUCCCCGAGGGCAUACGACCGGAGCUUCAGGUGGAAGUAUCAUCAGUUUCGCUUCUUGUGCUACUCCAAUGCACUGCCGAGCCAUGUGAAGAUCUCAGUGUCGCGACAGACGCUGUUUGAGGAUUCCUUUCAACAGAUCAUGAACGUGAAGCCGUACGACCUCCGCAGACGACUCUACAUCAUCAUGCGGGGGGAGGAGGGGCUGGACUACGGGGGCAUCGCCAGGGAGUGGUUCUUCCUGCUGUCCCACGAAGUCCUCAACCCCAUGUACUGUCUUUUUGAGUACGCGGGAAAGAACAACUACUGCCUGCAGAUAAACCCAGCCUCCUCCAUCAAUCCGGACCACCUCACUUACUUCCGUUUUAUCGGCCGCUUCAUUGCCAUGGCGCUGUACCAUGGGAAGUUCAUAGACACAGGCUUCACAUUGCCUUUCUACAAACGAAUGUUGGACAAAAAACCCACCCUGAAAGACCUGGAGUCCAUCGAUCCAGAGUUCUAUAACUCCAUUAUGUGGGUCAAGGAGAACAGUUUGGAGGAGUGCGGCCUGGAACUCUACUUUGCACAGGACAUGGAAAUCUUGGGGAAGGUGUCUACGCACCAACUCAAGGCAGACGGGGAGAACAUGCUGGUCACUGACAACAACAAGGAGGAGUACAUAGGGCUGCUCAGUGAUUGGCGGUUUACUCGUGGCGUGGAGGAGCAGACCAAAGCAUUCCUGGAUGGCUUUAAUGAAGUAGUUCCCCUGGAAUGGCUACGAUACUUUGACGAGAAGGAGCUGGAGUUGAUGCUGUGUGGAAUGCAGGAGAUCGACCUGACAGACUGGCAGAAGAACACCAUCUACAGACAUUACACCAAGAACAGCAAACAGAUUCACUGGUUCUGGCAGGUGGUCAAAGACAUGGACAACGAGAAGAGAAUUCGUCUGCUUCAGUUUGUCACUGGCACGUGUCGGCUGCCGGUUGGAGGCUUUGCGGAGCUCAUAGGGAGCAAUGGUCCUCAGAAGUUCUGCAUUGAUAAAGUGGGGAAGGAGACUUGGCUUCCACGAAGCCACACAUGUUUCAACCGUCUGGACCUGCCUCCGUACCGUAGCCUGGAGCAGCUUCGCGAGAAGCUCAUGUUUGCCAUCGAGGAGACUGAAGGCUUUGGACAGGAGUGA